GGGGUCAAGGGUUACUUCCGGUUGCACUUGGCGGCAUGGCUAGCCAAGGCGAGCAGGGGACGAGGCAGUGUGGAGUGGCGCCCGGGCCCGCUGAGGACCAUGGAGCGGCUGCGGAGCGGGUUCUGUUCCCGCCCGCGUUCAGCGUGUCCGAGAUCAAGAACAAGCAGCGGCGGCACUUCAUGUUUCUGCGCUGGAAGCAGCAGCAGAGGAAGGAAAAGCUGGCAAAUAAGAAAAAACGGAAGAAGGAGAGAGAGGCACUGGGAGACCAGGCACCACCAAAGCCCGUGCCAAAGACAAUUGAAAACCAAAGAGUUUAUGAUGAAACAACUGUGGAUCCUAAUGAUGAAGAGGUUGCUUUUGAUGAAGCUACAGAUGAAUUUGCACCUUACUUCAAUAGACAGACACUUCCCAAGAUUCUUAUCACGACAUCAGACAGACCUCGAGGGAGAACAGUGAGAUUCUGUGAACAGCUGUCUUCCAUUGUACCCAACUCACAUGUUUACUAUCGAAGAGGGCUUGCUCUGAAAAAAAUUAUCCCACAGUGUAUUGCAAGAAACUUCACGGACCUAAUAGUUGUUAAUGAAGAUCGCAAAAUACCCAACGGUCUUGUUUUAAGUCAUUUGCCUGAUGGUCCAACUGCUCAUUUUAAAAUGAGCAGUGUUCGUCUGCGUAAAGAAAUAAAGCGAAAAGGGAAAGAGCCCACAGAACACAUACCUGAAGUAAUCCUGAAUAAUUUUACAACACGACUGGGACAUUCUGUUGGUCGCAUGCUUGCCUCUCUCUUUCCACAUGAUCCUCAGUUCAUUGGAAGACAAGUUGCUACAUUUCACAAUCAGCGGGACUAUAUCUUUUUCAGAUUUCACAGGUAUAUCUUCAAGAGCGAGAAGAAGGUGGGGAUUCAAGAGCUUGGGCCACGUUUUACCUUGAAGCUAAGGUCCAUUCAGAAAGGAACCUUUGAUUCUAAGUUUGGAGAGUAUGAGUGGAUUCACAAGCACCGUGAAAUGGAUACAAGUAGAAGAAAAUUCCAUCUAUAAUGGGAAGAGUAUUCUGGUUGUACCUGAUGAAUAGGAAUACCAAACUGCUCUUGAGCUCUUUGCACCAAAUUAACAAGUUUGGAGCCCUGGAUCCUGUCAUCUCCAAUUAAUAAGCAGUGGUGCUCAUUACUGAGCAUUAUUUUUACACGUAGACAAAAACACAUUUUCAAACUUUCCUGUGAGCAGAUGAAGAAAGAUGUCUUUUCAAAUAAGCAUAAACAUUGACUCUUAA